AUGCCACGAAUUGGCUUCUCAGGAGAUUUGUUUUCAAUUGGUAGAAUGAUCUUUAGCCAAUUAGCAUAUGCACAGGUUCCUUUUAAUGUUUCGGACACACAGCUUCAAAUGCUUUUCGACUUUUGUGGUGCGAAUACCUAUUCUACGGGAUCACCGCCCGAAACCGUGGUGCGUUCGAUAGAAGCUAUUGGCACUCUUUCACUUCACAACUACUCCCCAGAGGUGGUUGCUAAUAUGGCCCCAAUUUUCCCAGCAGUCAGAGAGCUAACAAUAGCAAUAUACACUCCUUGUUUUGACGAGAUUCUUGCCCUUUUAGUUGAAAAUCGACACAAUCUAUCUCACUUAAAGGAAUUCAAAAUACUAAACAAUCGGAUACUAAGAAAGGAAACCAAGCAGUUAGGUACUCUUCUAGAAAGUCUCACUCGGUUGGAAGUCCUAGUCUUAGAUAACUGUGGGCUUUAUGACUAUGAUAUAGACCACCUUCUUCCGGCUAUUUCAUGGAGCACUGUCACAUAUAUAUCACUAAGCAGAAACAACCUGACAACUCAUACCCUAGAGAACAUCUUGACCAUGGUGAGAGAUCGACGCGGAUGCAUUCCUCUCAGCUUCUCUCUUCAAGACCUAGACACUGAGUCUGCAGCUACCACUAUUCAAGCACUCAGAGUCUUUACUAACUCGUCUAUGUUGUAUUCUAAGCAAUCCAUCUUUCGAGAGUUUCGAUUGUCUUGCAAACAGGACUUUUUACAACACACGUGGUCGAUUGUCAAGGAACGCAUGCAUAUAGACCUAUCUCGCUUUGAGGCUUCAGAUGCACUAGCUCCUGAUCUAGGGCUUUUUAUCUAUGAGUGGCUUCGUCUAGCUAGUGUUUCUUAUGGAGGCCUAUCAGAGGCAACCAUAUGUCUCAGUGGUAGAGUGACAUCAUCUAUACGCGGAACCUCAAAUGCCUUGUCCAUCUAUGGAUUGUAUUUAUUGUGUCAUCGAAAUCUCAACGAGCUCGGUCUCUUCAUAUCUUUAGAUUGUACUAAUUGUAGUCUUGAGUUUGAUGCUAAAAAACUGGGGCUUCCACCUGAUGCAAUCCCCCAAUUAAUGCGCCGGUUGAAGAUCAAUCUUGCUACCUCUCUAAUUUGUUUAUCAUUGUCAGAUUGUGAUUUGUUCGAACGUUGGAAGCGCCGAGAUACACAAGAGUUUAUCUCAUUUCUCAGUGAUUGCAAGCAUCUGAAGCGACUGGAUUUGCGGUACAAUGAGUUCAAUAAGGAAUUUAAUGUUCUAUUUUGCAAAGAGUUAGAAGAUAUUGAGUUUAUUCCCUUUCUUGACACGUUAGAAGUCGAUAUGCUAAUUGAUCUAACUACGCUUUCCAUAAGCUUACAGAGACGAUAUUCCCAAUAUGUAGUAAGAUACCUAGAUGAGGGAGACACUAUAUUCAAGCGGCUUGUUCGAGGGCCGGUGGUUCUUUCAUGUGGCUCACAGACUAGAGGAAAUAAAGUUCCUAUCGCGAUAAUGAGGAUGAUCUUAUUGAAUGGGAACAUUGUGUCAUCCGCGUUUACACAAAGGUUGGAACGCUCUUUGUUUGAUAGUCAUGCAGCUACUCUGCAAAAAAUCCUUGGUAAAGUUUUCUACUCUCCAUUAAAGUCCAUUAGUUUUAGACAAUCCAUCUCACCCGGUGCUAUUCUGAAGCCAGUAAGUAUUAGUCUUUGGAAGUACACGGACAGCUCUAUACUAGGAAAUACAAUGAAGGAUAUGAUCAAAACCAGCCUAUCCACUCGAGCAGCCAUCUUGGUAAGGACUGAGAUCGUACGCACUGGACGUUACAAUUAUGAAUCCGGUAGACUAUAUCUACAAGAGGCGAACUAUAGAUCCCUAACACUUGAAUCAUUCCUUGAACUAGUGUAUGAGAAGGAUUUUGCAGCUUUCAAUCCACAGCUUCUGCACAUUGAUUUCAGUCAUAACUCGUUUACAAAGGCCGAUGUUCAAGGGCUUAUCAGGACACUUUCACUACUUACAACAUUACAUGCAUUAAUUCUCUCUGAUUGCUCUCUUUCCGAUAAGACCUGUGCACAUAUUCUUGAGAGCCUCCCUAGUCUGCUGGAAUGCACCGAUCUUUGGUACAUAGAUAUCUCUGAGAAUAUGUUUGGGGGCCUUACAGCACAUGCCCUCUCAAACUUUUUGCAACAGUAUCUUAUGGUAGGACAGAGGCAGAUAAUUUUGAACCUUAGAUUGAAACCAGGAUAUAGAUUCUUAUACGCACCACAGAUUUUGUUAUCAGCUGACGAUAAUAUCAAUGAGACUCUGAAUCGUAAAAUCCUUAUAUGGCUAAUUAUGUCUAGGGAUGCUCUUUUGUUAUUUUCAGUAGAUGAUAUAACAAACCUCAAACAAAGAGGUAUAAAUAUCCUGUCAGUAGUUUCUCCUAUAGGCCGCUUUUACGAUCAUAAGUAUAGCAUCAUAACUCCUUACUUGUUAAGAGAAUUGGGCUUACCUGAUUAUUCAUUUUCUUGGGACUCGGCGAGGAACAUAUACGAACACUUCAUGCACAACUGUGCAUAG